AUGGACAUCAGACUAGCGACUGAGCAGGAGAGCUCUCAUCAAGCUGGCCUCGCUCAGUCCAACGCCUCGUCUGAACGCAGCCGAGUGGCCAAGGAGGUCAAGUCACUCUCUGGCGAGCUCAGGGGGCUCGUCAAGAAGAAGGAUCCGUGGCAUCAGGAUGUCGAAUUCCUGAGAAAGAGUCUGCGCAAGCAAUGCCUCAUCCUUCUGUUCGGCACGACUUCCGCCGGUCAGCCCAUCAACUCCUCUUCUCGAUGGGUUGACGCCCUCAAUGUGCUCUGGGCCGACACCUCCCAUGCCAUCAUACACCUCUAUCGUUCCCGAAUCACCGCCCUCGACAGGUCCGCCGAGGCCAACAAGACUGCGGGCAACAGCCCAAAGAAGCCAAAGCCCGUCCAGCCUGCCGCAGACUCGAGCGCCGCCCGUCGACGAUUGAUCCACUCCUUCAGAGCGUUCCUCAAGACAGAGGAGACCUUCUGGGCUGAGCUGCUCGCACGUAUAGUCUCUCGUCACGACCUCAAAGACGCUAGAUCGUCUCUGAUCGCGCUCGAUAUUCCUCUCGGCGACUGGCAUGCGCAGCCUCUCGAGUCUCUCGGUCGCGGCUCAACGGUGGGAGCAGGCCUCGGCACCCGCCCUGCUGCAGCGAAUGCCACGGGCGAACGUGCACGCCUCGCGCACGCUCACGCCGUUCAGCUUUGCUACAAGGCCCUCAUCUGCUACGGCGAUCUCGCUCGUUACAGCCAGCUGUACAAUUCGGACGGCCUCAAGAAGCCUGCAACUUCGGGCAGCAAUGGAGAAGCGAAGCGAGAGAAGAACUGGAGCCGAGGCGCAGAGUGCUACGAACAGGCGAGGUUGCUCCUGCCCGACAAUGGCAAUUCGUCCAACCAGAUGGCUGUGCUUGCAUCGUAUAGCUCUGAUAUGUUCUCAUCUGCCUACUACUACUAUCGAGCGCUCUGCGUCGGACAGCCAUUUCCGACCGCACGACAGAAUCUCGAAGUCACCUUCAACAAGGUCUUGUCCAGUGCCGCAAAUCGCAAGCAGGCAGCGACGAAGUGCGAUCGAUUCAAACACGACGCGAUCGCCUUUCAAGCUCGGCUUUUCUUCGCCAAGGACGUGGACGCCCUGCGCGAAGCAGAUCUAGCUCUGCAGACCCUGCUGUGCUCUAGUCUGCUCGACCGCGAGCUUCCUUCCGAGGUCAUCAUCAAAGUUGUCGUUCUCGCAAUGUCAAGUCUGUGGGAUGCUCGCAUGCCCGACGCCUCAAAAACUGCCAAAGUUGACGUGGGCUCGUCCUCUGAGCUUGUCCAAACGACUGCAUUGGAGCAUAUCUUGCGCCUCGCCGUGAGCAUCAUGUCGAUUGCAACAGGGGAAACGAUGGAGGGCGAUCUUGAUGGCAACGCCGCUGAUCCAGCCAGCGCGACCGACCUUGCACAGAGAAUCACUGCCGUCACGCGGCGGCUCUUGCCUGCUCUUCGCAUCCUGCACAAGUGGACAAUGUGUCACGUGGAUUAUCUGCGCUCGUUUGUAGAUUCACCCAGCGCAAGCGACCCUUUACUUGACUGUCUACAGCAGUUUUGGAAAGCUCAUGCUUCCUUUUACAAUGCCCUCAACGCUACUUUCGCACUCGAGUCAUUACCAGCCAGUCAGACCUAUCAUCUCGAGGAAGAUCUCGAUAUGAUGGGUUUCUUGCCUCUCAAACGUGGGUCACGGGAAAAGACGGUCGCGCUCGAGACACACGACCUCGCGGGCCUUAAGCUCGCCGAACCUCGACAGCGACCGCAUCCUAAUGAAGAACAGCUAAUGCGCAUUUCCGACCUGUUGACCAACAGUCGCUUACUUGCUCGAUCACCUGUCUCGGGCACGCAAUUCGUCGGCGUAACCAUACAGCCACGUCCUCUGCACGAUCAGCUGGAUGAGGAAAUCGAAGAAGAUCCUGUAGAGCUGGCUAUGCGUGCAGCUACCGGUGCUUUUCCUGACAUCGGCUCUGAGACCUACCUCGCAAUGGCUGACGACGAUGACGAAGAUGAGGUGCUGUUCCCGCCGCCCUCGCAAGUCCAGAGCUAUCGUCCGCAGCAGCAAGCUUCGAACAGCAGCAGCUUCGUCCUCGAAAAUCCCAUCGAUGUGACAGGUCGAGCCUCGACGCAGCCCCAGACUGCGGCCGACCUCCUCGACCAAGUCUUAGGCGGUCUGACUGUGCCGAGUGCGGCACCUGCUGUCUUUGCUCCUCAAGCACCAGCAAGCCCAUCAAAAAUCAGCAUGACCCGUGCACUGCCAUCCUCGGGCUUCAAUGCAGCACCAGGUGCGCCGACUUCCGCAUUACCUCUUCGUGGCCCGAACGGCUCGCCUCGUGGAUCCGCUGCCGUCUCGUCUGCCAGUCUCUUCGGGCGCUUCUCCCCUUUCACAAGCGAUCAGAACGGCAGCUCGAUGGCCUGGCCUCAGCAGACGCCACGCGACCGUUGCACGCCCGCAGCCCCUUGCUUGAUGACGCUCUUGGAUGAUCUCAAUUUGACUCCCCGUCCCGAUCAUCAGCUCGUCCAGUGCAUGUGCGCACCUACAGUCGUGCUUGCUCAAUGUGCACCAAAGCGCCGCCCACAGAUGCGCUACGGCCUCUGA